CUUGACUGUGCUGUCGUGCUGGACUAAAGAGUCUCUCUCGCUGGCUGUACUAUCCUUGGCUAAUGUUUCCGGUGGACAACAUCUUGAUUCGCCAUAGAACACAGCCAACCCCUUGCGAGAAACCGAGGGAUUUGGGGCGAAGAGGUAGAAAGUGAGGGGCGCUAACGUGGCCACCUCCGGAUAGUUCAACGUUGAUGACAAUUCCGAAACAGUUCCCAAGAGUCUAUGUGAUGGUGUUUAGGUCGGCUCCUCACUUACAGCAGGCUUUCCAUCCCAAACCGCUCGUAUUUCCCUUUCCACGGCGCCUGAUUUAUUUCGUUCAUUCAUCUGAACAGUGUCUCACAAUCAUUGCCCAUCCUCUUAUCCAUUCUCGAUCUGAAAACAAUUCGAGGCGAAGAAGAAGAAGCAAAAGACAUUACCAUGUUGAGUAUUAGGGUUUCCGUCCUCACGGCCCUCGCGGCCUCUGUCGGUGCACAGCAGGUUUGCAAACUCACCACCGAGACCAAGCCCGCCCUCUCCUGGUCCAACUGCGCAGCGGGUGGUACCUGCACCAAGGUCGACGCCGCCGUGACUGUUGACUCCAACUGGCGUUGGACUCACAAGACGACUGACAGCACAAACUGCUACACCGGCAACAAAUGGGACACAUCCAUCUGCGGCAGCACAGGUGAGGACUGUGCGACCAAGUGCUGUAUUGACGGCGCCGACUACGCGGGUACCUAUGGCGCCUCGACCAGCGGCGACGCCCUCACCCUCAAGUUUGUCCAGCAAGGCCCCUCUAGCAAGAACAUCGGCUCCCGCAUGUUCCUCAUGAACGGUACCGACAGGUACCAGAUGUUCAAGCUCCUGGGCCAGGAAUUCACUUUUGACGUGGACGUCUCCAACCUGGGUUGCGGCCUGAACGGUGCCUUGUACUUUGUCUCCAUGGACCCGGACGGGGGCCUCUCCAAGUACGCGGGCAACAAGGCCGGCGCCUCCUACGGCACCGGCUACUGCGACAGCCAGUGCCCCCGCGACCUCAAGUUCAUCGACGGCAAGGCCAACGUCGAGGGUUGGAAACCCUCCGCCACCGACGUCAACGCCGGCGUCGGCAACCUCGGCACCUGCUGCUCCGAGAUGGACGUCUGGGAGGCCAACUCGGUCGCCGCUGCCUACACCCCGCACCCAUGCGAGACCGUCGGCCAGAAGAGCUGCUCGGGCGACGCCUGCGGCGGCACGUACAGCGCCACCCGCUACGCCGGCCAGUGCGACCCGGACGGCUGCGACUUCAACAGCCACCGCAUGGGCAACACCUCCUUCUACGGCAAGGGCUCCCAGUUCACCAUCGACACCUCCAAGAAGAUGACGGUUGUCACGCAGUUCAUCGAGGACGGCGGAGCGCUCUCCGACAUCAAGCGCUUCUACGUCCAGGACGGCAAGGUCUUUGCCAACUCCGAUUCUUCCGUGUCCGGCGUCGAGGGCAACUCCGUCACCAAGGACUUCUGCGCCGCCCAGAAGAAGGCCUUCGGCGACCAGGACGUCUUCGCUCAGAAGGGUGGCCUCGCGCAGAUGGGCAAGGCCCUUGCCGAGGGCAUGGUUCUCGUCUUGUCCGUCUGGGACGACCACCACUCCAACAUGCUCUGGCUCGACUCUACUUACCCCAUCAACUCCAGUGGCCCCGGCGCCGUCCGCGGCACUUGCGGUAUCGAAUCCGGCGUGCCCGCCGACAUCGAGACCCAGGCACCCGGCUCCAGCGUCAUCUUUUCCAACAUCAAGUUCGGGCCCAUCGGCUCGACCUUUAACCGUACGGGAUCUACUGAUGUGAGUACCUCCGUACUUUUUCUGAGAUGA